AUGCGGACAAAAAUUCUUUUUCAGAGGCGGGCCUUGCCACGCUCACACCACGCUCACACCAUUUCCGCCCGCACCGACUUUGCCUGCGGCUUCCUGUCGGGUUGCACUGCCUCGCUCGCAGGCCAGCCGAUCGACACCGUCCGCGUCCGGAUCCAGGCUGGCGCCAGCGGCACCGGCACCGCCUCUGCCUCGCCUGUCGCCGUGGCGCGAAGCCUCUGGGCGGCGGAAGGCGCGGCUGGCUUCCUGCGCGGGACGGCGCCGCCGCUGCUGGCCACCGGGCCGCGCAACGCCAUCGGCUUUGCGGUCCAGGCUGAGGUCGCGCGCCGUUGCCAAUCACGGCUCCUCGAGUGGCGACCCGGCACUGCGCCCGAGACGGCGCGCCUCACGGCGGCCUGCGCCGGCGGCGUCUGCGCGGGGCUCGCGCAAUGCCUGGUCAUCGUCCCCGCCGACCGCAUCAAGGUGCAGCAGCAGAUCAACUCGCGGGCGGGCACCUCGUCGUCCGAGCCGGUGCUCGAGUGCGCGGCUCGGCUGCUGCGCUCGCACGGGCUGGUGGGAGGGCUGCUCGCGGGCGGCACGGCGACGGCGAUGCGACAGGCGCCCUCGGCGGCCAUCUACUUUGGCGCGUACCACGCCCUGCUGCCGCGCCUGCGCGAGCGGCUCGGCAGAGGCGGGUCCGCGGCGCCGCUUCUCUCGGGAGGCUUUGCGGGCGUGGUGGCGUACACGGCGACCUACCCGCUGGACUUUGGGCCGGCCUGGCUCUACCGCGGGAUGGGGCCGACGCUGCUUCGCGCCUUCGUCAUCAACGCGGUCAACUUCGCUGUCUUUGAGAGGCUGCAGGAGGCGGUGGCGCGCAGGCGCGGGAUGGCCAGCUAG